UAAUGGCAAACCUAUGCACGAAUGCACAAUAAAGGUUGAUCAAAUUUCAAUUGUACACAAAAAAAUUGAAAUGAUUAGAACUGUGCUAUUUAUAAAAUGUUGGUUAUAAAAAAUCUAAAGAAACAAAUUAUAUAGAUUUAAAAAAAAUUAUAAUUAAGUACAAACAAAUGUGUCCCCUCCUUAAUAAAAUAAUAUAAUAAGUCUGUAACUUUUUUUUCAGCCUUAAAAAAUAUAACUUCCUUUGGGCACUUGAACAAUUUUCAAAACUCUGGAUGGAAAAAUUUGGCACUUGACCCAAAAAAGGUUCGCCAUCCCUGCAAUAGAAAUUCUAUAGUUAAUCUCAACGUAAUAAACCAUAAUUAUAGUGUACUUUUCAGGAUACUAUAUCUGACAUAGUAGCUUAAUUAAUAAAACAUUGGCCACUUCAAAAACAUCAAGUUUAAUGCAUUCUUAAAUUCUUAAAAAUAUAAUAAUAUAUUAUACAUUUUCUCUUAGUAUAAAUUCAUUUAUUUUCUGAUACCUACCUUAGUAACAGAUAUAACUUAUGUUGUUUUGUAUUUACUUAAACAUUUAUAUAUAUAACUAUAUUUGAACAUAUGCAUCAUUAAGAUUUUGUAUUGGAGGAAGCGGGGUAUAUUUAUACAAAUAACUCACCGAAAGAGCAUAUGUGAUAGAGACUGAUAUAGAUAAUAGUGCUGCAAUACUGACAUGUAUUGACUAAGUGUUUAAUUUCUUAUUCCUAUGAAAAAUAUGCGGGUGUGAAAACUUUUUUUUUCAGAAUUGAAAUUUAGAUAUGUUAUAAUUCAUUAUUUCUAACCCUUUAGUGGGCAAUGGGAAAUAAUUUCCCACAAAAAAAUUAAAAUCUUGAAGGUUUUGUUUCAAUAAUUCAUCAGUAGAGCGUGCCAAAGCAAAUGUCAAUAAAUCACUAAACUCAGAAAAUAGUAUACAAUUUAUUUCAUAUUUUUUUAUUUUUUUUCUCUAUUUAGUUUUUUUUAGACGAUUUAAAAUAUUAUUUUUUUUUUUUUUUACCUAUGACCACUAAAGGGUUAAAGUAAAUUUAAUAAAAUAUAGUUUAAAAUAAUAUUACAUUUAAUGGAUGUAAUUUUAAGGAUUGUUAUACUUCCAUAAUGCCAUAAUACUGUGGUAAAGUGGUGUACUCCUUAUUUUUUCAAAGAUAAAAGAGAGAGGGGGUAAAUUAAAAUUAUGUAUAGUAACUCAUUAGUAGUAUGUACUACGUACCUAUAUUAUGAAAAUUAAAUUAUAUUUUUUUUUAUUAUUUCAUAAAUUAUGUAUCUAUCUGCAGACACGCAUGCGUGUAUUACAAAUGUAGACAUGUACAAAUAUCUUUAUAUGAUUAUAAAUUUAUAACUGCGAAAAGUAAUAUUUAAUUUAUCAUCCUAUACCUAAAGAUUAUGCAUAUUUGAUUAUAUACAUAAGCGCAAUUUGAGGGGGCUUGGGAGGUUAAGCCUCCCCCCCCCAAUCAAUCAAAGUCCGCCAAAACGGUUUGUAUAUAUCCCCUUCCACCUUUAUAUAUCUCAGGAAGCAUACACACAGUACAUACAUGCAAAUUAUAAUAGCCCCCCAAAUUUAAAACUCAAAUUGCGCCUAUGAUUAUAUAUUAGUUCAGUGUAUAAAUUUAAAAAUAAUAUGAUGUUUAAGUUUCAAGUUUAUUGUGUUGAAUAGUUUAUAAUAUUUUAGUAUGAUCAAAAGGAGGGAGGUAGGACAAAACCACCUUAGAUUCUCCUGUGUAUACACUACUGUUGCAGUGUAUUACAAUCUUAAUAUUAAUACUACCAUGGUUUAAAAAAAUCGUUGAUUAUUACUUUAAGUAUCUAUGUUAUUAUGCUAACGCUUAUUAUUUACACAAUUGUUUAAAAUAAAAAAAUAUGUUUUGAACCUGAUUUUAUAAAUACUGCUUGAUAAAAUGUGUCUUUCGAGCUGCGUACACACGAAAAUUCGUCUGAAGUGUUCAGUUUCUACGAAUACGAUAUUCAUUUUUCAGUUAGAUCACAAUAUCGACGGUCAUUUUUUACUAUCUGUAAUCUGUAUUGAUUGAAAUCAAAAAAUGGUGUUCACGACUAAAUUACUAGUAUUUGUCGUCACAUUGAUGUCAUUUAUCAACCAUUCGUACCUUAUUAUUACCAUAGUUGAAUUGCCAAAUAUUAGUCACAUCACAUAUGAAGAUUAUAAAAAUGCUGUGGCUAAAACAGCGGCUUUGUACGUGUUGGAUGAAAAUCAGUUCCAAAUGGCAUUCAAUAAUUAUCAAAAAACCAUAGAAAAAAUUAAAGAUGAUGAGCGGUAUAACCGACUUCGUAAAGUGUUACCCAACUGGUGUUCCGCGGAACCUAAGGUUCCGUCAGUCAGUGCCAAGGGUUCCAAUAGCUCCAAAAAUUAUAUGGGGGUCCCACAAAACGUUCUAGCUCUUUCAAAAGGUCCACGAUUAAAAUAA